UUCUGACGGUGGCGCGUGUUCCGAUGCUGCUGCUGCCGCCGCCUGCGACCCACUGCUACAGCACCCGGCAAUCCAGCAGCGGGCGGGCAAUCCAGCAGCGGGCGGGCUCUACUGAACGGCCAGAAAGUUAAACUGAGCGGCGAAUGCCCGUGCAAGCGAGUCGCUGACAUUGGCAAUGCCCAAGACGAGAGGCCGCGGGGCGAAGGCUGCUGGAAACCAGGUUGUGAUCAGCAGGUUUUUCCGCCCUGCAGCCAGGACAGAGCGGGGAAAGGAGCAGAGGCGGGAAGGAGACAGUGUGGCAACAACUUCCCCAUGUCAGCAGAUACUGGACACCAAGAAGAAAAAGGAAACAACAGUGGAACAAGGUGAACUUUGGCCUAAACGUAGAAAGUUGGCAAGUCGAGAAGAGAAUGGGGAUGUACUUAGAAAAGAUAGCCAGGAGCCAACAGCUCGCCAGCAUCCGAGGAUAUCUUCAGGCACCCUGGACAGACUGAAGGAAUUUUCUGUUGACCGGCACCUAGAAACACCAUGUGUUAAGGAUUCGGGUGGGGAUGCCCAAUGGACGAACAUCAGAUGCACAGACAAUUCGGAUUUGUAUUCUGAUGAUGUUGGCACAGAAAUGUGUGAUGGGAUGCUUAGAAAGGAUUUGAAUGGAAAACUGGAGCAGUCGCAUUCCCAGGAAACAGCGAGCCGUGAUAGGAAUCCGUUUUCAGCUUCAAACAAGGGGGCCAGUGUGAAGAACAGUGUGGAAGACAGGGGAGUUAAUCGCAGGACAAAGAGUGCGUACACUCCACUCGAGCUGCAGUUCCUGGAGAUAAAAAAACAGCACCAAGACACAGUGCUGUGUGUGGAGUGCGGGUAUAAAUACAGGUUCUUCGGUGAUGAUGCUGAGAUUGCAGCUCGGGAGCUGAAUAUUUACUGCCAUCCAGACCACAACUUUAUGACGGCCAGCAUACCGGUGUACCGGCUGUUUGUCCAUGUACGCCGCCUGGUGGCCAAGGGCUAUAAGGUGGGAGUGGUGAAGCAGAUGGAGACUGCAGCUCUGAAAGCCGUUGGAGAGAACAAAGGCAACAUCUUUACUCGCAAGCUGACAGACCUGUACACCAAGUCGACACUCAUCGGAGAAGAUAUUAAUCCCUUGUUGAAUCUGGAUCUGGAUGACGAGGGAGAAGGGGCUAGUGAAGUUCCCAACAGCUACCUGAUGUGCAUCUUUGAGCAAGCAGCAAACAAAAAGGACCGUAAGAAGCAGGGAAUUCAGAUUGCGUUUGUGGCGGUGCAGCCCAACACUGGCGACGUGGUCUAUGAUUGUUUCCACGACUGUAAAUCCCGGUCGGAGCUGGAGAGCCGGAUCCUGUGCCUGCAGCCGGUUGAGAUCCUGCUCCCGCCAGAGUUGUCCGAGAACACGGAGAAGCUUUUGGCGAGUAUCUCGGCUUCAAGCUUGCGUGAUGACAGAAUUCGUGUUGAGCGGAUGGACAAUUUCCAUUUUGAGUACACAAAUGCUUUCAAACUAGUCUCUGAGUUCUGUGCGCCUGGAACCUCUGAUGUUUCAGAAUCACGACAAUUAUCCACCUUAUUAAAAUUGGAGAUGCCUGUUGUUUCCUGUUUGGGAGCAGUCGUCAAGUAUCUAUCCGAAUUCAAAUUGGAGAAGAUACUAACGAACCCAAGUAACCUGAGCAAGUUCUCUGAAGACUCCUCUUGGAUGUCAAUCAAUGGAACAACUUUAAAGAACUUGGAAAUUUUACAAAACCAGACCACUGGCACAAAGAAAGCUAGUCUAUUUUGGGUCCUAGAUCAUACCCAGAGUUCCUUUGGAAGACGACUACUGAGGAAAUGGGUGGCACGACCUUUAAUCAAAGCAAGUGAAAUUAAUGCGCGCUUGGAUGCUGUUGCUGAAAUCCUAUCAUCGGAUUCCAUCGUCCUGGCGAAGACCCAGAGCUUGCUGUCUAAACUCCCUGAUCUGGAGAGAGGAAUCUGUAGCAUUUAUCACAAAAAGUGCUCCACGUGGGAGUUCUACCAGCUGCUCCGUACUUUGUCCAACCUGGAGGUGGGUUUCCAGGCUUUGCUUCCGGCUGCUGCGUCUGAGUUAAGCUCGUCUCUUCUGCGUAACGUUCUGUCGGAGCUGCCACAGCUGCUGAACCCUGUGCAUCACUACUUGAAGAUUCUGGAUGAAAAUGCAGCCAAGUCCGGUGAUAAGACGCAGCUCUUCAGAGACCUCACUGACUUCCCUGUGAUUCAGCAACGAAAACAGGAGAUCCAGGACGUGUUUUCCCGGCUGCAACAGCAUCGCAGGGAUAUUCGUCGAAUUCUGAACAAACCAUCUUUCGAUUACAUUACAGUUUCGGGACAAGAGUUUCUCGUGGAAGUGAAAAAUUCCCUGCUGCACAUCAUUCCAUCUGAAUGGACAAAAAUUUCCAGUACAAAAGCUGUCGUUCGCUUCCACACCCCAUUCAUUGUGGAGCAGCACCGGUGCUUGUGCCAGCUUCGUGAGCAACUUGUCCUCGACUGCAGCGCAGAGUGGCUACAACUGCUGGAUCAGUUUGGUGAACACUACCAUGGAAUAAGAAAGGCAAUUGGUCACCUGGCAACCAUUGACUGUACCUUUUCAUUGGCAGCAGUUGCUAAGCAAGGAGGAUAUUCCAGACCAACUGUGCUGCAAGAAAAGAGGCAAAUAGUGAUCAAGAAUGGCAGGCACCCAGUGAUUGACAUUCUUAUGGGAGAACAGGAGCAAUAUGUUCCAAAUGGCACUGGACUGCAAGGCGAUGGACAGAGAGCUAUGGUCAUUACUGGGCCCAACAUGGGAGGAAAGAGCUCUUACAUUAGACAAGUAGCCAUGAUCACUAUUAUGGCACAAAUCGGGUCGUAUGUCCCGGCAGAAGAAGCGGUGAUUGGUAUUGUGGACAACAUAUACACAAGAAUGGGAGCUUCUGACAAUAUCUACAACGGUCAAAGUACAUUUAUGGAAGAGCUGACAGAGGCUGCAGAGAUCAUUAAAAAAGCGACGUCUCGCUCAUUGAUCAUCUUGGAUGAGCUGGGAAGAGGCACAAGUACUCAUGACGGCAUUGCUAUUGCCUAUGCCACCCUGGAGCAUUUUGUAAAAGAUGUGAAGUCCCUGACACUCUUUGUUACCCACUACCCGCCCGUGUGUGAGCUGGAGAAACUCUACCCGCAGAACAUCGGCAAUUACCACAUGGCUUUCCUGUUAAACGAGGAAGAUGAACAAAAUUGUAUGAAUGGAUCAGCGGAGGAACUUCAGCCUGAAUCGAUCACUUUCCUCUAUCAGCUGACUGAGGGGGCUGCUGCUCGGAGUUAUGGUCUCAAUGUCGCCAAAUUAGCAAGUAUUCCCGGGGAAGUGCUAAAGAAAGCCACUCAGAAAUCCAAGGAGCUGGAAGGCUUGAUGAAUACUAAGAGGGAGAAGUUGAAAUCCUUCUCUGAAGUCUGGAAAAUAAAGGAAGGGAAAGAUCUAAUGGACUGGUUAAUGGUGAAUAAAUAAGUCAUUUUUAUCCUUUUGAAUAAAUAAAAUGAUAGUCUACUUUGGUGUUUUCUUGUAAUAUUAAAUUUGAGGUUCCAUUACAGCUGAUGUCACUGAUUUCCAGUUUGUAAAUGCCUGCUUUGAAACUACUUGCCCUGUUUAUAUUCUUCAUGUAAAUCCUGCAACUCAAAAUAUAUGGUGAAAAAUGUUCAGCUCAUUUCUGUUCUUCCAUCGGUAGGAACCAACUGUUCCCGCAUCCAUCACACAAUCUUAACUUUCUUUCAAACGUCUCUCUCAUUUUCGUUUUCCUUUUUACUUGCUCACCUGGCUGUCCAUUUUAGUCAGCCUAUGCAAGACGAACUUUUGGCUGUCACUCAGUAGUUUCAGCAGUCAUAUCAUUUGGCUCCUGUCCUAAAUAGUGCAAUCUUGACUUUUUUUUGGCUUUAACACCCAGCCUACUUCAAAACAAAAAAAUACUGUCAUUAAUCCAAAGCUGGAAAAGACUUGAACCUUCCACACAGCGAAUGCUGUUCAGAACUGAAUCCAGACUGAAUGAGCCAGAUUGGUGUUGAGCCAUUCUGGUGUGUUUUGUUUUAAGAACAGGGACUACAAGCCCCCUGCUAAACACUUUGUUCUGAAUGUUAUGAAGUUGAACUGGGCAGACUUGGACUUUAUUUCAACUGAUUUUGUUUACGGCAGAGCGUUUCCAAUCUUGUGGAUGAAGCAAUAUGGAUUCUAUUUUUAAAUGAGAACUUUGUUUAACCUAUUCUGUAUUUUGCCAGUGAAAACGUACUGAAAAAGACUGUUACGCAAUCAUAGGGGAAAACCAUAGUGUUCACCUAAAAUGGAAUAUCUGUAAUUACACUGUGACAUUGAAAAAUAAUGCAGAAGAACUUCAUAAUUAAUGUAAUACUUUGUAAGCCAAGCCAAAUAAAUUAAAAUCUAUUUUCUAUGUGUCA